CAAAAAUCAGAUAUUCUCUGUCCUCCCAGAAUGAACCAUAGGAGGUUCACUUCCGGGGCAAAACGCCAGAGGAAGAGAACUACGCUACUAGAAGCAGCAAGGAAUCAAGGGAUCAAAAUCCUUCUGCACCUCGCCAAGAGUCCUAUCUCUCUUCACAAGGUCAUGGCACCCAUCUCCAGCCCUCCACGGGGCAUCAUCUGUGGAAUCCAUGGCUAUGAAAUUGACAUCAGUAGGAACUCCCAAUCUACAGUGAUCUUCCACGGACAGAAGGAUUUCGCCUGCUUCGCCGUCGACAUUGAAGGCAUAAGAGGCUAUGUCCCUAACAUUGGUUUCGUCGUCCAAGACAGCCUCUCAUUCUUCAAUUCCACCAAGCAAGAUCCUAAAUUUCAUGGGUUACCUUGUUUCCUCUACGGGAAAUCGAUGGGGGCCGCCAUUUGCUUAUUGAUCCAUCUCGACGAUCCGAAUGGGUUCGACGGAGCAAUCCUGAUUGCACCCAUGUGCAAAAUCUCCGACAAAGUUCAAAUCGUCACCUUUAUAGCGAGAUUCCUACCCACUUUGGCAAUUAUACCAGCAGCAGACAUUGUGCAGAAAUCAAUCAAAGUGGAAGAGAAAAGGAUAAUCAGAGACAUGAAUCCGGUGAGAUACAGGGGAAGACCGAGAUCGGGCACUGCGUUUGAGCUCCUGAGGGUUACUUGAAUAUCCGGGUUCUUGUCGUACACGGCAGUGAAGAUGCAGGACGGAUCCCGAGGUGAGCAGCAUGGUUGGUGAAGUUGUACUUACAGUUUUUUAUAUUAUUUAUAUUUUAUAAAUUUAAAUUUUUUUU